AUGGCGCCGCGGCCUCAGCCGCUGGAGCCUGAGAUGCUGCUGCGCUCCUUCCUCCUGCUCGGAGGCAGCGCCCUGCUUGUCCUGGUUCUGCUACCCGAGGCCUCGGCCUCCGGGGAGCUGCCCGCGCACCCCACGGCAGCCGCCACCCGUGGCCCCUGGCUGAGAGACCUGGCUCUGGGCCCCGCCUGGCGACACACGCUGAACUGGGAGCGCACGGCCCCGGGGCUGCGGCAGAUGCUGCAGAUGACCUCCGACGGGCGGUUGAGGCUGGGCCAGUGGGGGCGAAGGCUGUGGCUGCCGGGACCGAGGCAGCCAGCCCGGGCCUGUGACCUGCCUCUGCACGUGGACAUCGCGUCCCGCCGCUCCCCGACGGUGCUGGCUGUGGCCCUGGCAGUGGCUGUGCGGGGCCGGGGCUGCUCCCGCAGCCGGCGUACAAGCGGCUCCGUCACCGUAGCCACAGGGGAACCAGAGCGCAUCCCGGACCUGGCCGCCCGCACGGUCCUGGGAGCCGGCCCGGGCGCCGCCUCCCCCUCUUCUACCCCUCUGUGCUUCCCGGACCCCGAGGGAGGGGGCCGCGGCUCCGCGGAGUUGCGGGCUGCUCUGGAGGCCCUGACCAGCUUCCCCGACUGCAGGUGCGUAGACAGCUUCAGCUCGGGCGGGGAGGAUGGCAGCAGCGGAGGCUGCAGCAGCCGCCCCGCCUUCCCCCUCCAGCCUAUCUGCCUGGAGCCGGGGGUCACGGCUCGCCUGCGCCUGGUGUGUGCUCCCAGGUCAGGCCCAGGCCCAGGCCUAUGGCGGCGCCUGCUCCUGCGAAGGGCCCCCGAGCUCCUGCUGGAGCUGACUCUGGAGGCGUCAGGGACGCUUCCUGCGGGUUCCAGGAGGGCCAGGAGAGGAGCGGCCGGAGGCACCAGCCCUCAGUUCCAGCUUCCCAGCUACCAGGUAUCUGUGCCUGAGAACGAGCCAGCCGGCACUCCUGUGAUAGAACUCCGGGCUCAAGACUCAGACGAGGGCGAGGCCGGCCGUCUGACCUACCAGAUGGAGGCACUGUUUGACGAGCGCUCCAGUGGGUACUUCCACAUCGAGCCAGACACCGGGGCAGUUAGCACCACCCGGCCCCUGGACCGGGAGACCAAAGACACACACGUCUUGAAAGUGACAGCAGUGGACCAUGGAUCCCCGCAGCGUUCGGGGGCCACCUACCUCACAGUGACCGUGAGUGACACCAAUGAUCAUAGUCCUGUCUUUGAGCAGGUCGAGUACAGAGAGACUGUCCGGGAGAACCUGGAGGUGGGCUAUGAGGUGUUGACCAUCCGGGCCACAGAUGGUGAUGCCCCAUCCAACGCCAACAUGCGUUAUAGACUACUGGAGGGCUCCGAUGGGGCCUUUGAGAUAGAUUCCCGCUCUGGGGUGGUCAGGACUCGCUCUGUGGUAGACCGAGAGGAAGUGGCCGAGUACCAACUUUUGGUGGAGGCCAACGACCAGGGCCGCAAUCCUGGUCCCCGGAGCGCCACAGCCACUGUUCGCAUCAUGGUGGAGGAUGAGAAUGACAACUACCCACAGUUCAGUGAGAAGCGUUAUGUGGUCCAGGUGCCAGAAGAUGUGGCUGUCAACACCGCCAUCCUUCGAGUCCAGGCCACUGACCAGGACCAGGGCCAGAACGCAGCUUUACACUACAGCAUUGUCAGCGGCAACCUGAAGGGCCAGUUCUACUUGCACGCCCUGAGCGGGGGCCUGGAUGUCAUCAACCCCCUGGACUAUGAGGCCAUCCGGGAGUAUACCCUGCGCAUCAAGGCCCAGGACGGGGGCCGGCCUCCCCUCAUCAACUCCUCGGGCCUGGUGAACAUCCAGGUGCUGGACGUCAAUGACAACGCUCCCAUCUUCGUGAGCAGCCCCUUCCAGGCCGCGGUGCUGGAGAACGUGCCCCUGGGCCACUCUGUUUUGCACAUCCAGGCUGUGGAUGCGGACUCUGGGGAGAACGCCCGCCUGCACUAUCGCCUGGUGGAUGUGGCCACUGGGGCGGGCAUCACAGCAGAUGACGACCCUUCCGCCUGGAAUGACUUCCCCUUCCAGAUCCACAACAGCUCUGGCUGGAUCACAGUGUGUGCAGAGCUGGACCGUGAGGAGGUGGAGCAUUACCGCUUUGGGGUGGAGGCUGUGGACCACGGCUCCCCUGUUAUGAGCUCCUCAGCUAGCGUGGCCAUCACAGUCCUGGACGUGAAUGACAACGACCCAGUGUUUACCCAGCCCAUCUAUGAGCUGCGCUUGAAUGAAGACGCAGCCGUGGGCAGCAGCGUCUUGACCCUGCGGGCCCGUGACCGGGAUGCCAACAGCGUCAUCACCUACCAGCUGACCAGUGGCAAUACCCGGAACCGCUUUGCCCUGAGCAGCCAGAGUGGCGGGGGGCUCAUCACCCUGGCCCUGCCACUGGAUUAUAAACAAGAGAGGCAGUAUGUCCUGGGGGUGACAGCCUCUGAUGGCACCCGCUCACACACCGCCCAGGUCUUCAUCAAUGUCACCGAUGCCAACACCCAUCGGCCUGUGUUCCAGAGCUCCCACUACACGGUGAGUGUCCUCGAGGACAAGCCUGUGGGCACCUCCAUCGCCACCAUCAGUGCCACAGAUGAGGAUACAGGGGAGAAUGCCCGCAUCACCUACAUUCUGGAGGACCCGGUGCCCCAGUUCCGAAUUCAUCCAGACACUGGGACCAUCAUCACCCUGAUGGAAUUGGACUAUGAGGAUCAGACACUCUACACCUUGGCCAUCACCGCCAGAGACAAUGGCAUCCCACAGAAAUCAGACACGACGUCCCUGGAGAUCCUCAUCCUAGAUGCCAAUGACAAUGCGCCUCACUUCCUGCGAGACCUCUACCAAGGCUCUGUCUUUGAGGAUGCGCCUCCCUCGACUAGCGUCCUGCAGGUGUCCGCCACAGACCGAGACUCCGGUCUCAACGGCCGCCUCCAGUACACCUUCCAGGGGGGCGAUGAUGGCGAUGGUGACUUCUACAUUGAGCCCACAUCUGGGGUGAUCCGCACCCAGCGCCGGCUUGAUCGGGAGAAUGUGGCUGUGUACAAUCUGCGGGCCCUGGCCAUGGACAGGGGCAGCCCGGUCCAGCUUAGUGCCUCCGUGGAGAUCCAGGUGACGGUUCUGGACAUUAAUGACAACCCACCAGUGUUUGACCAGGAUGAAUUGGAGCUGUUUGUGGAGGAGAACAGCCCGGUGGGCUCGGUAGUGGCAAGGAUCCGGGCCACUGACCCCGACGAGGGCCCCAAUGCCCAGAUCAUGUACCAGAUCGUGGAAGGCAAUGUGCCUGAGGUGUUCCAGCUGGACCUGCUGAGUGGGGACCUGCGCGCCCUGGUGGAGCUGGACUUUGAGCGCCGGCGGGAGUACAUGCUGGUGGUCCAGGCCACAUCGGCCCCACUGGUCAGUCGAGCUACUGUGUACAUCCGCCUUGUGGACCAAAACGACAACCCCCCAGUGCUCCCUGACUUCCAGGUCCUCUUCAACAACUAUGUAACCAACAAGUCCAACAGCUUUCCCACGGGAGUGAUUGGCCGAAUUCCGGCCCAUGACCCCGACCUCUCCGACAGCCUCAACUAUACCUUCUUGCAAGGCAAUGAGCUCAACCUUCUCCUGCUCAACCCAGACACUGGGGAGCUGCAGCUCAGCCGAGAUUUAGACAACAACCGACCCCUGGAGGCGCUCAUGGAGGUGUCUGUGUCAGAUGGCAUCCACAGUGUCACUGCCCUCUGCACCCUGCGGGUGACCAUCAUCACAGACGACAUGCUGACCAACAGCAUCACCGUGCGUCUGGAGAACAUGUCGCAGGAGAAGUUCCUAUCCCCCCUGCUGUCCCUCUUCGUGGAGGGCGUCGCCGCAGUACUGUCCACCACCACGGACGGCAUUUUCGUCUUCAACGUCCAGAACGACACGGACGUCAGCUCCAACAUCCUCAACGUGACCUUCUCGGCUCUGCUGCCCGGAGGCGUCCGGAACCGCUUCUUCCCGUCCGAGGACCUCCAGGAGCAGAUCUAUCUGAACAGAACCCUUCUGCGGAUGAUCUCCACCCAGCGCGUGCUGCCCUUCGACGACAACAUUUGCCUGCGCGAGCCCUGUGAGAACUACAUGAAAUGCGUGUCGGUGCUCAAGUUCGACAGCUCGGCGCCCUUCAUCAGCUCCACCACCGUGCUCUUCCGGCCCAUCCACCCCAUCAGCGGGCUGAGGUGCCGCUGCCCCCCGGGCUUCACCGGGGACUACUGCGAGACCGAGAUCGACCUGUGCUACUCUAACCCGUGCGGCAGCAACGGGCUGUGCAGGAGCCGCGAGGGAGGCUACACCUGCGCCUGCCACCCUGACUACACAGGAGAGCACUGUGAGGUGAAUGCCCGCUCCGGCCGCUGUGCACCUGGUGUCUGCAAGAAUGGAGGCAAGUGUGUUAACCUGCUGGUGGGCGGCUUCAAGUGCGAGUGCCCAGCCGGCCAGUAUGAGAAGCCCUACUGUGGGGUGACCACGCGCAGCUUCCCCGCCCAGUCCUUCGUGACCUUCAAGGGCCUCCGCCAGCGCUUCCACUUCACACUCUCGCUCACGUUUGCCACCCGAGAGAGGAACGCCCUUCUCCUCUACAAUGGCCGCUUCAACGAGAAGCACGACUUCCUGGCCCUGGAAGUCAUCGAGGAGCAGAUUCAGCUGACCUUCUCCGCAGGGGAGACGAGGACUACAGUGGCCCCGCUGGUCCCAGGAGGCGUGAGCGAUGGCCAGUGGCACUCGGUGCAGGUGCAGUACUAUAAUAAGCCCCACAUCGGCAGGCUGGGAAUUCCUCACGGACCCUCUGGAGAAAAGGUGGCUGUGGUGUCUGUGGAUGACUGUGAUACAGCCGUGGCCGUGCGCUUUGGGGGCCUCUUGGCCAACUACAGCUGUGCUGCCCAGGGCACCCAGACAGGAUCCAAGAAGUCCUUGGACCUGACGGGCCCCCUCCUUCUCGGGGGCGUCCCCAACCUGCCCGAGGACUUCCCAGUGCACAACAGGCAGUUCAUCGGAUGUAUGAGGAACCUCUCCAUCGACAACCAGGCCAUCGACAUGGAGAGCUUCAUCGCCAACAACGGCACCAGAGCGGGUUGUGCGGCGCAGGAGAACCACUGUGACAAGAUCUGGUGCCAGAACGGUGGGACGUGUGUGAACAAAUGGAAUACCUACAUCUGUGACUGUCCCCUGCGGUAUGGGGGCAGGAACUGUGAGCAGGCCAUGCCGCACCCCCAACGCUUCAGUGGUGAGAGCCUCGUGUUCUGGGGGGAUCUGGACAUCACUAUCUCAGUGCCCUGGUACCUGGGCCUCAUGUUCCGGACCCGGAAAGAGAGCGGGACUCUUUUGGAGGCCAACGCGGGGUCAUCAUCGAAAAUCAGCCUCCAGAUCCUGAAUAGCCACGUAGACUUUGCCGUUUUCCACGGACCCUCGGAGGUGGCCUCUAUGAGGCUGGGCAGGUCCCGUGUGAGUGAUGGCAAGUGGCACCACCUGCUCAUUGAGCUGAAGAGUGACAAGGAUGGCAAGGACAUCAGAUACCUGGCCGUCAUGACCCUGGACUACGGCCUGGAUCAGAACACAGUGCAAAUUGGCAACCAGCUUCCUGGCUUAAAGAUGAGGAGCAUCCUGGUGGGUGGCCUCUCCGAAGACCAGGUCACAGUCCAACAGGGCUUCUCCGGCUGCAUGCAGGGAGUGAGGAUGGGGGAGACAUCCACGAACAUCAUGACCCUGAACAUGAAGGAUGCUCUGAAGGUCAGGGUGAAGGAGGGCUGUGCCCUGGACAACCCAUGCGCCUCCAGCCCGUGUCCUGAGCACAGCCACUGCACGGACAACUGGGACAGCUACUCGUGCAUCUGUGACCCAGGCUACUUUGGAAGAGACUGUGUGGAUGUGUGUAACCUGAACCCCUGUGAACACAUCUCAACUUGCGUCCGAAAACCCAGCUCCGCACACGGCUACACAUGUGAAUGUGGACAGAGCUACUAUGGACAGUACUGUGAAAACAAAAUCCAUCUCCCAUGUCCUAAAGGCUGGUGGGGGAACCCUGUGUGUGGCCCCUGUCACUGUGAGGUCAGCAAAGGCUUUGACCCAGACUGCAACAAGACCAAUGGAGAGUGUCAAUGCAAGGAGAACUACUACAAGCCUCAGAACCAGGAGACGUGCUACCCGUGUGACUGCUUCCCCUACGGCUCCCACACGCGCACCUGUGACAUGGAGACAGGCCAAUGUGCCUGCAAAUCGGGGGUGAUUGGGCGCCAGUGUAACCGCUGUGAUAAUCCCUUUGCUGAAGUGACCACUCAGGGCUGUGAAGUGAUCUACAGUGGCUGUCCCCGUGCAUUUGAAGCUGGCAUCUGGUGGCCACAGACCAAGUUUGGGCAGCCAGCGGCUGUGCCCUGCCCCAAGGGAUCUGUGGGAAAUGCCAUCCGCCACUGCAGCAGCGAGAAGGGCUGGCUGCCCCCAGAGCUCUUCAACUGUACCACGUCCGCCUUCCUGGGACUCAAAGCCAUGAACGAAAAGCUCCAUCGCAACGAGACCAGGAUCGAAGGGGACAAAUCAAUCCAUAUCGUGCGCAUGCUGGAGAAUGCCACCAAGUCUGCGGCCAUCCUGUAUGGGAACGACGUGCGCACCGCCUACCAGAUCAUGAUCCGGGUGCUUCGGCACGAGAGCCAGCAGCAAGGCUUCGACCUGGCGGCCACCAGAGACGUGGAGUUCAACGAGAACCUCAUCCGAACAGGCAGUGCCCUGCUGGACCCCACCCACAGGGACUCCUGGGAGCAGAUCCAGCGGACAGAGGGGGGCACGGCACACCUGCUCAGGUACUUCGAGGAUUAUUUCUACAAUUUGGUGAAGAACAUGAGAAGGACCUACAUGAAGCCCUUUGUUAUCAUCACAGACAACAUAAUCCUGGCCGCUGACAUCUUUGCCAAGUCGAACUUCACUGGCGCCAGGGUGCCGCGGUUCAGUGAGAUUUAUGAGGACCACCCCAAGGACCUGGAGUCUUCUGUCCUCUUCCCCGCCCACCUCUUCCAGCCCUCGGACAGGAGAGAUGUACCCACAGUGAAGCCCUCCAAGCACAGAGUGACCCCCAGAGCCGACCCCGCUGAACCCGUCACCGAUGACCCUCUGUUGAAGAAGAGGAAGCGGCCAUCGGAUGAGUGGAGUCAGCAUGCUGUGGCCUUGGUCCUCAUCUACCGCUCCCUUGGGCAGCUGCUGCCGGAACAGUAUGACCCCGAUCGGAGGAGCCUGCGACUGCCUCAUCGGCCCAUCAUUAACACCCCGAUUGUAAGCGCUCUGCUGUACAGCGAGGGAGUCCUGCCCCCCGGCCAGUCGGGACGCCCCAUUCUCGUGGAAUACACUCUGCUGGAGACAGAAGAAAGAACCAAGCCGGUCUGCGUGUUCUGGAACCACUCCCUUGGGAGCCAGGGCGCAGGAGGCUGGUCGGCCAAGGGCUGUGAGCUGGUCUCCAGAAACAGCAGCCACAUCACCUGCCAGUGCAUCCACGCGAGCAGCCUGGCUGUGCUGAUGGAUGUCUCCAAGCGUGAGCACGGCGAGGUCCUCCCCCUCAGGAUCGUCACCUACACCAGCAUCUCCAUCUCCCUGGCCGCCUUGCUCCUGGCCUUCAUCCUGCUGCUUCUGCUCCGAACGCUCCGCGCCAACCUCCACAGCAUCCACCGGAAUCUGAUCGCGGCCCUCUUCUCCUCCCAACUCGUCUUUGUGAUUGGGAUUGACCAGACAGAAAACCCGGAAGCUUGGCCGUCCCUGGGUUUCCUCGAGGACCAUGGCAGGGGCCGUGGUGCCCCAGUGACCCAUUCCCUGACCCACAAUGACGCAGCUGGUCAGGAGGCUUCAGGCAGAGGCUGA